UCACGUAUCGAUGUAGCCGUAUCUUACACGUUAAAAACGGAUACCGAUACGUAUCAGUUCAUUUUUACACCCUACAGUAGAUGCCAGGGAUGGCUGUGAUCAACGCGCAAGUCAGUGAGCUCAUCAGGACCCUGCGGAAGAAAGGCUGCCCGACGAGGGCUAUCGCCAAACAUCUGGCCAUGACUGGAAUAAGACCUUCCAUGGGGACUAUCCGGCGUCACUGUCGACUUGCUGUUGUGGAGAAGAAGAAACGAAAGCCGCGUAAAGUGACAAGUCAGGUGAUGGAAAUAAUAGACUCCAUCCUGAGAAAAGAGGAUGAACUACCAGCAAGAAAAAUAAAAGAGCUUCUCCAAAGAAACCACAACCUAAGAAUCUGUUUAAACUCUGUGAGAAAGGCAGUCCGGGAUCUUGGCUGGAACUUUGGGAAGGGCUGGAUGGCUAAUAUGGAAAGCUGUCUAGCCGAGAGGACAGCGGAUCUUACAUCAGAACGAGCUCGAGUUGCUCAACUGCUUGCUGAGAAUGCAAGCUUGAAAGCUGACCUGUCAGCCAGCAGAGCGGAGAUAGACAACCUCCGACAAGAAAUGCAGGAGCUGAGAGAGACCAGUCAGAGGAGUCUGCUCAUGGAAGAGAUGAGAGCUGGGAUAGGAGAACUGCAUUCGGCUCUACGUAUGGUUCACUCUACGCCUGUGAGACCAAUGCCCAGACGUGCCUCAACACCUGCACCAGAAUUAGAUUCUUCAGUGUCGUCAGAUUGUCAGAUGUCCCCAUUGGCCCUUUCCUCUUCCUUUAACGACAGCAUCCAAAUUCCCCGUCAAUGGGCAGACGUGAGCUUGCGUGAUUUUGGACCAGAAGACCAUGCUAGACUGCACCAACAGAGCUUCGGCCAAGUGGGCAGAUAUGGAUGCCUGCUCUUCAGACACAUCAUCUCGGAGGAGAACUACCAGGCAUGGAGCAAAACCACAAACUGGGAUGGUUCUAAAGGUAAACGAGCACUGCCUCAAAAUGUGAAGACCUUCGUGGUUGCUACACUGAAGCGACACUUUCCUGACAUGGACAGGGGGGGACUGAAAGAGUGUGUUAACAAGAUCAAUGAAUUCCUGCGUACAACACGCAAGAAUCCCCAAGUACUCACUCUGCUCUAAAUGCUGCAGAACACUGUAAUGUAGCUUACUGCACUGUAUGUAUGACUGUAACAAUACAGUUCAUUAUUUUAAUAAAAAAAAAAAACUUUCUCAGAA